AUGAGUCCAUCAAUCUUCAACAAUGAAUAUUCUCGAGGCCCUCUCUACCAAUACUGGAAGGAACGUGGCCAGGAAGAAAAAGUUUUUCGCGACCAACGAGUUGAGGAAGCCAAAUUGCGCAGCAAAGGGUUUCGCCCUCUCAGUCCUACAUUUGGACCUUCAAGCAAUGACCAGUACACCAAUCGCGCGACCUCCGGUCCACCAACCUACCGUAACGAUCAGAAUGCAUCGGCUGUGACAAGCACGAGUGCAUCCGAACCGACAGAAUCUUCAGAUGACAUGCUGCCGUCCUACGGUGAAGUGACCACGAGAGAAACAGAGCCGACACUCCAUUCCACCGAAGAGAAGGCUCGUCUUCGAGAAAAUGACGCAGCCCUUGCUCAAAGACUACAAAACGAAGAGGCGCAUGAGGGACAUGGUAAACAACCUGAGCGGAGGAAGAGUACAGCGGGGAAGAUUGGUAGAUGGUUAGCAGAUGCUGCCAGUGGGUACACCAAGAAGCAAGAACGAUGGUGA